AUGUCUACGGGGUUCUCCUUCGGGACCGGCACGCUGGGUUCCACCACCGUAGCCGCCGGCGGGACUGGCACCGGCGGCGGUUUCUCCUUCGGAACCGGGGCGUCCAGCAACCCUUCUGUGGGCCUCAAUUUUGGAACUCUUGGAAGUACCUCGACUCCAGCAACUACAUCUGCUCCUUCAGGUGGUUUUGGAACUGGGCUCUUUGGAUCGAAGCCUGCCACUGGAUUCACUCUAGGAGGAACAAAUACAGGAACUCCAGCCACUACAUCUGCAUCUACAACAGGUUUCAGUUUAGGAUUCAAUAAACCUGCAGCAUCUGCCACACCAUUUGCUUUGCCUAUUACUUCUACCUCAGCUAGUGGUCUUACCCUUUCAUCUGCUCUGACAUCAACUCCAGCAGCAUCCACAGGAUUUACUCUUAAUAAUUUGGGUGGAACGACAGCCACAACUACGACUGCAUCAACAGGCCUUUCUUUAGGGGGAGCCUUAGCUGGUUUGGGAGGUUCACUUUUCCAGAGUACAAACACAGCAACAUCAGGUCUUGGACAGAAUGCUUUAAGCUUGGCUUUGGGAACCACAGCAGUUACUUCAACUACAGGCAAUGAAGGCCUUGGUGGUAUAGAUUUUAGCAGUUCAUCAGAUAAAAAGAGUGAUAAAACAGGAACAAGACCAGAGGACAGUAAAGCCCUGAAGGAUGAAAAUCUACCUCCUGUCAUCUGCCAGGAUGUUGAAAAUCUCCAGAAAUUUGUGAAGGAACAAAAACAGGUCCAAGAAGAAAUUAGUAGAAUGUCUUCAAAAGCAAUGCUUAAAGUACAAGAAGAUAUUAAAGCUCUAAAGCAGCUUCUGUCAUUGGCUGCCAGUGGAUUACAACGAAACACUCUCAAUAUUGACAAAUUGAAAAUAGAAACUGCUCAGGAGUUAAAGAAUGCUGAAAUAGCUUUAAGAACCCAGAAAACACCGCCUGGACUCCAACAUGAAAAUGCAGCUCCUGCUGACUACUUCAGAAUCUUGGUUCAGCAGUUUGAAGUGCAGCUUCAGCAAUACAGACAGCAGAUUGAAGAACUAGAAAACCAUCUUGCCACUCAAGCAAAUAAUUCACAUAUAGCUCCUCAAGAUUUGUCAAUGGCUAUGCAGAAAAUUUAUCAGACAUUUGUAGCUUUAGCUGCACAACUUCAAUCUAUUCAUGAAAAUGUAAAGGUGCUCAAGGAACAGUACCUUGGCUACAGAAAGAUGUUCUUGGGAGAUGCUGUGGAUGUGUUUGAAGCCAGGCGAGCAGAAGUCAAGAAGUGGCAGAAUGCCCCCAGAGUUACUACGGGACCCACCCCUUUCAGCACCAUUCCAAAUGCAGCAGCCGUAGCCAUGGCUGCAACACUUACACAGCAGCAACAGCCUGCUACAGGGCCACAGCCAUCUCUGGGAGUUAGUUUUGGAACGCCAUUCGGCUCAGGUAUUGGCACUGGCUUGCAAUCAAGUGGCUUAGGUUCUUCAAACCUUGGAGGAUUUGGAACUAGCUCUGGUUUUGGAUGCAGCACCACAGGGGCCUCCACAUUUGGAUUUGGAACAACAAAUAAACCCUCAGGAAGUCUUAGUGCAGGCUUUGGCAGCUCAAGUACAUCUGGGUUUAACUUCAGCAAUCCUGGCAUCACGGCAUCAGCUGGUUUGACAUUUGGGGUGUCCAAUCCUGCCUCUGCAGGUUUUGGAACCGGAGGACAACUUCUUCAGUUGAAGAAACCUCCAGCUGGAAACAAAAGAGGAAAAAGAUAA